GUUACAAAGCUGAAAGCAGCCAUAAAAUAUGGAGAGGAAGAUCUGAUCAGUGCCAAGGCAUUGAUGGAGAAUUGCCCUGAAGAUGACGACAAUGAGAUAAACCAUGGUUGCAUCUUAUACAAAGAAGGUCGCUAUGAUGAUGCUUUACAAAAAUUCAAUACAGCUCUCAUGAUUCUUGGAUACAACCCUCACCUGUCUUACAACGUGGCAUUAUGUUAUUACCGACUCAAAGAGUACGGUGCAGCCAUGAAGCAUAUUGGUGACAUUAUCGAGAAAGGCAUCAGAGAACAUCCUGAACUGAGUAUAGGAAUGGCGACCGAAGGUAUAGAGGUUCGCAGUGUUGGUAAUACACUGACUCUGCAUGAGACAGCACUGAUCGAAGCUUUCAAUCUCAAGGCAGCAAUUGAGUAUCAGAUAAAAUCAGUGGAAGCAGCAAGAAUAGCCCUGACCGACAUGCCACCUAGAUCUGAAGAGGAGCUGGACGCAGUGACUCUGCACAACCAGGCUCUGAUGAACAUGGAGACGCGCCCUAGCGACGGAUUCGAGAAGCUGCAGUUUCUGCUGCAACAGAACCCGUUUCCACCCGAAACACUCGGCAAUCUGCUGCUGCUCUAUUGCCGCUAUGAGUACUAUGACAUGGCAGCUGAUGUGCUCGCUGACAACACGCAUCUCACUUACAAGUAUCUCUCUCCUUACUUGUACGACUUCCUCGACGCACUGAUAACGCAGCAAUCGUCACCCGAGGAAGCGUACCGCAAAUUCGACGAGAUUGCAUCCCGGCACACCGAGUCACUGAGGAAGGCCACCAAACGGGUGCAGGAGGCCAGGGAGAUGCAUGAGGACUCCGCCAUGAAGAAGGCGGUCGCUGACUAUGAGGAUACGCUCGAAAA